CCUACCUAGCUACCUAGGUACCUAACAACCAACGGCCGCCCCCAUUGUCUACAACUCGAUUAGCUCCCUGCCCUUCGCAAUUAUCUCUUCAGCUUUUGAAACAUCCAGCACCGCUGCAAAUAGCAUCCUUUCAUCAUCCGCCAAUCCUCUCGAAAGGUGCUGCUGUGAUUGUCCCGCAUUUAGGGUAGAUACAGCAUAACAGCCAUGACGUCCAUUGGUACUGGUUAUGAUCUUUCGAAUUCGGUGUUUUCUCCUGAUGGCCGGAAUUUCCAGGUGGAAUAUGCUGUCAAGGCAGUCGAGAAUGGGGGAACCGCCAUUGGCAUUCGUUGCAAAGACGGCGUGGUGCUCGCUGUAGAGAAAAUCAUCACAAGCAAACUACUCAAGCCGGGCGCGAAUAAAAGGAUAGCAACAGUUGACCGUCAUGUUGGUAUUGUCUCGGCUGGGUUAGUCCCUGAUGGUCGGCAUUUCGUUUCGCGAGCUCGAGACGAAGCUUCUUCCUGGAGAGGUGUAUACAAAGGACCCAUUCCAGUCUCCGCGUUAUCGAACCGUCUCGGCAGCUACGUACAAGCCUAUACUCUAUAUUCCAGCGUACGCCCCUUUGGCGUCACUGCUAUUGUCGGUGGUUGGGACUCCGAAGCCGAGCUAGCUGUUGAUGGGCAAGUCGGCACUGGACCCAACGCAGGUUCGGGCGGUAAGGUCGAAGGAGCAAAGGCUGGGGGUCCCGGCCUGUACAUGAUUGAACCUAGUGGUUUGUACUGGGGCUACUACGGUGCUGCCACCGGCAAAGGAAGACAGGCUGCUAAAGCCGAAUUGGAAAAACUAGACCUCGGCUCUGAAAACCUGAGCUUACUCGAUGCCGUGAAAGAAGCAGCUAGAAUCAUCUAUGUCGCCCAUGAAGACAGCAAAGACAAAGAAUUUGAGUUGGAGAUGUCUUGGAUCAGUUCCCUUGAUGGACCGACCAAGGGGAGACAUGAAGAAGUGCCCAAGGAACUUCUGGAAGAAGCGGAGAAGGCAGCGAAGAGGGCUCUGGAGGGAGAAGAUGAGGAGGAGGAUGAGGGAACAAAGAGCAACGAAGGUGAACGGAUGCAAGAAUAGUCCCAUGAUUUAAGCACAGAGAUCAGACAUGAAUAGGAGAAUUACGAACAUUUCCUUUAUUAUCCCUUGCACUAUUGUGCCUCAUGUACCUCAAUAACCUGAAUCU